GUCGAUCGAGCGUUCAAUCGUCGACAGAAACGUCGAAUUAGAAAUGAGGAAACAAUCGAAGCGAAAUGCACGGCAGUUCCGCGAGAACAGCCGAAAGGGGUGGCUGAUUCGUGGUCGCUCAUCGAAACGAUCGCCGAACGUCGGUGACGUUCGUAUGUCUCCGACAAUGCGCGCCGGCGCUAUGCAACCCGCUUGACGUAGCAUCAUGGCGGCGGCGUGUCGGAGGCGUCUCCGUCCGCACAGUGCUCGACGUCGAGCAGUCCGCGUACGUUCGCAACAACGUUUCACCGCAUUAAUGUGAUAGUGUACCCGGAGCAUCGCACACGUCCGCGGCCACGGUUCAAUCUCGUGUUUCAUGUCGUAAUAUCAUCAACAAUCAGAAGAACAACGUGCGACAACGGGACGUCGCGAGCAGUGAUAGCGCGACGAAAACAUACAGAGAGAGAGAGAGAGAAAGAGAAAGAGAGAGAGAGAGAGAGCAGUGUGAACUCGAUCGGUCCCGUUCGCAAUAAUUCUCGUUGAUUUAGCUCGUGGUGCGUGCUAUUCAUUCCCCCGUAUCCUUUACAUCUUCGUUUCUCCUCAUUCCCUUUGCCACCCGUUUCUCUCUCUUUCUCUCUCUCUCUCUCACACACACUCUCUCUCUCUCUCUCUUUCUCUUCUUUCACAUCUCUCUUUUCUUCUCACCCUCUGUCCACUGAUUCCUCGCGAAACUCUACUUUCAUAUACACGCGCGUAUAUCUAGUUUCUUCGGUUCCUGAUCCGUGCUCCCCUUUAUCCGUCCCGUUUUUCUCAGUGAUCGUUGUGAAAUGCCCGUGAUUACCGGUCGUGCCUCUCGACGACGAGAAGGACGUGGCGGCUGUCGUUGGUCUACGGUUCCUUGACGAGCACGGGAUACGUGCAAACCGGCGCAUGCACUGCAGCUCCUGCUACUAUGAUAAUAACGAGAAAGGUGGCACGGUGGGCGCUCCUCCUGAAGCGAGAGGCGCUCGGCCGAACCUACGGUGCACAAAAGCGGUCCGAACAAGCACCCCGCGGUGCCACGGCGAUGCUGCCUCAUUCCGGCCGGAUGGUAGAUGACAACAUCGACACCGACACCGACACCGACACCGUGGCCACCGACCUGCACAGGACCAGCAGCUGCGUCGCGCUGGCGCUGCCGUUGCCGUUCCCGUACUACUACGAAUACUACUACUAUCCUCGUGCUACUAGGAUCGCCGCCUCGUUGUUAAACUCAGAUCGCCCCACGCUCACCGGCCACCACGAGGACGACGACUACUUGCUAUCGUUACUCGCCAGAAUCGACGAGCCGCAAGUGGAACCAAAGUGCUUUGACUUAGCAGCCAGCUCGACCAAAAUCCAGCCGAAGGAGCAACAGGACGAACGGGAGGUGCACGGUGAACAGGAAACGGAGAACGUAGCCAGCCUCACGAACGACAAGGAAGUAACAGUGCUCGCGAACGUGAACAGUAACCGUCUUGAUCGCCAGUACGUGCGAGUACGAUUUUUUUCCGCGUGACCAACAGCCACUCGUUGUUACGCCGCGUCGAUGAUAAUAAUCGGCCAAGUGCGAUUCGAUGCAAUACCGGCGUGGUAUAACGAUCACGACUGGAAACGGAACGACCCUUCGGAACGUGCAUACGCAGCAUAUGCCGAACGCAAUAAUACGCACGUUCAAUACGCUGUUCUGAUGAAUUAAGCAGAGCCCGAGCUUCUGAGAUAUACUCACGCAAAAUUGACAAACG